AGCUGCUGUAGUAACCAGGCGCUGGUUGAAGGAGACGGAAACGCACGAGCGAGCAGCGCGUCACAUGAACCGGGAAACACUCGAGUAUCCAGCGGCUCCAGAGGCUUCACCUACCCAGCUCAAGGCUCCUCUUCCCCGGGUUCUAUCGGUUCUUCUAUCCGGGCUCCAGCUGCUCUUCUCCCCAGGCUUCAGGCUCCACUCCGCGGGCUCAAGCGGCUCCUCGCCCCGGGUUCUACCGGCUCCUCUCCGCGGGCUCCAGGCUUGUCUUCCCCGGGGUCCAGGCUUCUCCUCCCCGUCUCCAGCUGCUCUCUCCCCGGGCUCCAGGCUUCUCUUCCCCGGGCUCCGCCGCUCUCCAGCGGCAGCAGGACGGUAGCAUGAUGGCGGUGCUGGGCAGCGCCGGUCGCUUCCUCCACAUUGUCAGGAGCAGCGUCGGUCUGAGUGUGAGGAAACGCUCCACCGCUGCUGCGUUAGCACAGGCUGCAACUCCAGAGACAAUGGAGAACAGGAAACCGAAGACGGGCAUCCUGAUGCUGAACAUGGGAGGACCCGAGAAACUGGAAGACGUCCACGACUUCCUGCUGCGACUCUUCUCGGACACAGACCUGAUGAAACUUCCUGUGCAGAGUACACUCGGUCCGCUCAUCGCCCGGCGCCGCACGCCAAAGAUCCAGGAGCAGUACAGUAGGAUCGGAGGAGGCUCGCCCAUCAAACACUGGACCUCCAUGCAGGGGGAGGGGAUGGUGAAGCUGCUGGACGAGAUGAGCCCAGAGUCGGCUCCUCACAAGUUCUACAUCGGGUUCCGGUACGUUCACCCGCUGACGGAGGAGGCCAUCGAGGAGAUGGAGAAGGACGGAGUGGAGAGAGCAGUGGCCUUCACACAGUAUCCUCAGUACAGCUGCUCCACCACAGGAAGCAGUCUGAACGCCAUCUACCGCUACUACAGCAACAGAGGGGACAGACCCAAGAUGCGCUGGAGUGUCAUCGACCGCUGGCCCACACACCCCCUGCUGGUGGAGUGUUUUGCAGAACACGUCAGUAACGAGCUGCUGAAGUUCCCAGAAGAGAAGAGGGACGACGUGGUGAUUCUGUUCUCGGCUCACUCGCUGCCCAUGGCUGUCGUGAACAGAGGUGACCCGUAUCCUCAGGAAGUGGGAGCCACAGUUCAGAGAGUCAUGGAGAGACUGGGACACUGUAACCCGUACAGACUGGUGUGGCAGUCCAGAGUGGGACCGAUGGCGUGGCUCGGCCCUCAGACCGACGACGUGAUCAAAGGUCUGUGUGAACGGGGAAAGAAGAACAUCCUGCUGGUUCCCAUCGCCUUCACGUCCGACCACAUCGAGACGUUACACGAGCUGGACAUCGAGUAUGGACAGGUGCUGGGGGAGGAGUGCGGUGUGGAGAACAUCAGGAGAGCGGAGUCGUUGAACGGGAAUCCUAUUUUCAUGAGGGCGCUGGCGGACCUGGUCCAGUCUCACCUGAAGUCCAACGAGCCGUGUUCCCGUCAGCUGACCCUGCGCUGCCCGCUGUGCGUCAACCCCACCUGUGGAGAGACCAAGGCCUUCUUCGCCAGCCAGAAACUCUCAUAGACACACGCACACGCACACACGCACACGCACACACUGACGUGCAGCAGCGACACCUGUGAAGAAACAUCAGGCCUUCGACAAACAGGAGCUUCUCACGCUGUCUCUGCAGCAGGAGUCCGUGGGAAAAUGUGAAGAACAGAACAAAUAGUUUCUUCAAAUAGGUCGAGACGUUAGUUGUUCCAGCUGCAGGUUGGAUCAGAGCAGCCGUCGGUUCUUAUCUCAAUAGUUUAACAGAUUCCAGAAACUGAAAGUUAUGUAAUAUCUUCCUAUUUUUAAAUAAGACUUUGCUUUUUUAAGUUUGAGCGCAGGACUUAUUGAUUGCACGGUGAGAUUUUGUAAUGCUGUCACUCAAAACCCUGCGCUCACACUCAAUUAGCCCCAUUUUGUUCUUAGAUAAACUCUGCACUUAAAUAUUUUGUUGUUGCUCCAGCUUCAGCUCUUCUGCUUGAGCUCCUCUAGUCUCCUCGUCCCCAACCGGUAGAAUGCACAUUGUAGUGAUGAAGAAAUUAAAUUGUCCCGCCCUUGUUGUCGGUGCGGUACCUUCACGUUAAUGGGGAGGAAAGUUGAGAAGAGAAGGGCUAAAGCUAGAGGAAAUCAAUCCAAGUAAAUGAGUGUAAGCGCAGGGUGUUGAGUGAAAGCAUUAAUAAGUCCUGUUCUCAAACUGAAAGAACACGCGCUUGAAUAAAGAAACAUGUAAAUCAGUGAAGCUCUUUAAAUUGAAAUGAUACUAAUAGAAACUGUGGGGAUUUGCAGAAACUAUUAGUCGAGCGUUAGCGUCGAGAGACGAACUGAGGCUCUGCAGAAACAGGCGUUGCACUAUUUUAUUUUUUUACGUUUCUUUGCUAACAUUCCGUUCACCCAGCCCCUGCAAACCUCCAUCAGAGACCCUGUUUCACUUCCCUCUGGUGCUAAAUCAAUCACAGUCGAUCACGACUCUGCUGCCGCACAUGGGAUCUGGUUGGUUGGCCGUUCCUCUUCCUCACCAUCUCAGCUUCACGUCACCGGCCCUCGUGCUACUAACCCCGCCCAUCCUGCUGAAAUCCUUGCUAUGUAAUUGGUGGAGGUGGGUGGUGCUUGUCUGCUUCUGCCUGAUUGGUGAGUUUAAGAGCGAGAAAAAGAGCGAUGAGACCUGAACUGUGGCGCGACUUAAAAUAAUUCAUGAGAUUUUUCCUGUUCCUGUCACGAAGCACAGAUUUAUUCUUGUGAACGUUGGCGUCUGUCACUGCUUCGAUCCUCCUGAAGAGCGCAAACGAGUAAAAAGAGGCGACGCAUUAUUUCUACUACGAUCAGAGAGAAGCUGAGGUUUUACUAUAAAGUGUUCGGGAUCGUGAAGUAACGUUGGUUUACUCACAAGGAGAAUUUCCCUGCGGAACACAAAUUCAUUAAAAUGUUUGUUAUAGUGCUGUUGGAUUUUUUUCCCCGUUUACACUAAUAAAAGAUCACACGAUUAAAAGGAAAAUUAAUUAACGUUCAGGCCAGAGGUCGAUGAAACCCGAUCACUAAACUUAGAUUCACAAAGUUGAUUCCAGAGAAGAAGGUAAAUUAAUUGUUGUAUUAAAACGAACUUGCCUUCAUCUUUUUAUUUUAAUUUUUCGAGUGCAAGCGGACAGAGAAUCAACCGGUUAUGAAUCUGAAAGUAAAGUCACUGAUUAAUAGUAAUUAGCAGUGAUGAUGUGUAACUGUACACUUGAUGAGAAGAAAUGCAAAGGAAUUCUUUAUGAAUGCAACAGUCGUUUCUUAAAGCAACACUGUGCCAGCCCAAAUUAAUCAAUCCCCAUGUGUGUCUGCAGAGGGCGCUGUCCUAGAGUUAAAGUUGCAUGUUGUUGCUUUAAAUGUGAUGAAGGUCCCUCACUUUGCAAUUCUCAGGAUUUAAAGUUCAAACGAACGACCUCAUUGUGUGAUGUCAGUGACGAUUAUCAGCCUCACGAUGCUCAGAGUCGCGGCUACGAAAUAACGUACAACGAAAAGUGAGAAAAUCCGAGCAAACAUCCGUAGCUUCCACUCCGAGUAGAACACAAUGUUAUCGUACGAGUAAAGAAACAGACGACUAACUCUCUGUGACAUUGAAAAGGGAAAGUAAAGCUUUGUAUCAGUGGUCAUGGGUCCUUCAGACUCUCCAGUAGGUGGCGCUUCAUGGAAUUCUCAGAUGUCAUGAAAGACGCUCGGAGCCUCAAGGCUCAAAUCAAAUACUACUUUCCAUCACACGCGCUUAUCUAAUACUUAUUGAUAAUGGAAUAGAUGUUUGAUUUAAUAAAGUAUUUCGCUAAAGAAGCUUCGGACGAACAGUUUUCAGUUGUAGGCGUUAAGAUGAAAAAUAAGGCUUUUACCAUUAAUUCGCAAAAUGUUGGUUCAAAAAAUGUCGUCACUUUCUGCAGGAAAAGCAUAAAAACAUAAACCACUGGGGAGUUGAAUCGGAAAACAACUUGUUGUUCUUGUAGCGAAUUAGAACUGAUGUGUAAGAGUUUAGCUUCAACGUUGAUAGAUUUCCCAGGAUGCAGUCUGUUUGUCGUCAUACCUCCUGAAACUCGGUGCAGUGAAAAAUCUGCUGUUUUUGUUUCAUCGCUGGUCGUUCAGCUCCAGAACAUCUAACAUCUCUUAGGUUGCUGGGUUGAUUCCCAAACGCUGUGUAAAACAUCAAAGUGAAAUCUUCCACUUUUCACGGGGAGUAACUCGAGCUCUGACCCCCCCCCCCCCCCCCCCCAUCUCUUGCUGUUUAAGUUUCUUACUCCAUGACGAUGUGCCUUUACACUGGCUGAUUACAACUACAGGACUUUGUGCUUUAUGUACGUUUCAUAUUAACCAAACGCUGCCGGGAGAAAUCAGCCUGAAGUCUGACUGCACACGUUCCUGCUGAGAUCUGAGUCGAUGGCCGAGCCUCAAAGACCCGAGUGAGUUUUAGAUCCGCGCUGGUUUCACGACUUCUGUGGACAGAAAGAUAAUCCAAAUCUCUCAGGAUGAAGAAGAGGAGCAGACGAGCUCCAGAAACGAAUUCUCCGAUUACUUCUGGAGCUAAAACCAACAGUUUAUGGUUUUGUUGUUGCACAAAACUCUCAAACUUGAAUCAUUUUGACAAAAGAAAAACAAAACUAGAAAUUUGUCUGUUCACUGAAACUGUGAAAACAGAAGAAGUCCAGUUUGUGAGGCUCCGGCAGGAAAACGUGUUGAAGUCAGUUCGGCUGCUUUUUCCUGCACAAACGUGUUUUCUAUAUUAUUUUGAAUUAUCAUGUGUUUGUUUGUGACGACUCUGUUGAUUUAAGAGUGUGUAGCUGAGGGUUCGUUGUGCGAAGCUUCUGUCGUGUGUGUGUAUAAAACAAAGAAGCCUCAGCUCCAGUAUAUUUUGGGUUGUUUGGAUUUAUUUAUUUCCGUUUGUUUUCUUUGAUGUGCACAAAAACUACGUGUCUCCUCUGUUCUAUCUCUUUGUUUAUUUGAGAGACAUGAUGCUAACAGUGCGAUGACGUCCAACCAAGAGUCUUCCUGCUCAAUAAAAUAGAAUAAAGACAGAA